CACAAUAGCUUUCUAGGAAGCUCUUUGGAUCACACACACACCAGCCAUCAUUUCAUCUGCUAACAGAGGACCCUGGAGUGAGGUUGACAGCAGAAGUUUGUCUCAGAGUCACACAGCUGUUUGAGGGGGAGUGAAUGAGUGUGUAUGUGCAUGCUCUGUGGACACACAGUGACUCCGCUGAACUUGUCAAUAUACUAAAUUAGCUGAUCCAGAUUGGACAAACGGACUGGACUGGGCAGUGGAUGUUUCAGCUGACUGUAAAGCCUUUGGCUGCAACGAGGAAUACUCUUUUGCACCCGAGAGAGAAAUAGGGGGGACAGAGAGAGAGAGAGUGAGAGAAAGAGAGAGAAGGGAGAAGUUCAGUGGACUGUUUGAUUCAGAUGAUUCCCUAUUCCUCUCUCUGAUUUUUAAUCUCUUCAUUUGUUCUUCUGAGUACCGGAAUCAUGUCUGCAACUGGCAGCAAAGGAAUAUGCAUGGCAUUUCUGCUGGGAUCUCUACUAAUAAUGUCAACAAGUGGGAACACCGGUCACAAUCAGGACAACGUGCUGACAAGACCAUCCUGCUAUGGAGGUUUUGACCUCUACUUUGUUUUGGAUAAGUCUGGCAGUGUGAUGCACCACUGGACUGAGAUCUACCACUUUGUCGAACAUCUGGCACAUAAAUUCAUAAGCCCACAGCUGCGGAUGUCCUUUAUUGUGUUUUCCACUGAGGGACGGAUCUUGAUGCGUCUCACAGAGGACAGGGAAAAGAUAAGGAAAGGACUGGAGGAGCUUCAGAUGGUCUUGCCAGGGGGAGACACCUUCAUGCACGAGGGCAUUCAAAGGGCGAGUGAGCAGAUUUACUAUGGAAACUCUGAAGGGUACCGCACUGCUAGUGUCAUCAUCGCCCUGACUGAUGGCGAGCUACAUGAAGACCUCUUCUUCUACGCCGAGCGAGAGGCAAACCGCUCCCGCAGCCUGGGUGCAUCGGUCUACUGCGUCGGGGUGAAGGACUUCAAUGAGACCCAGUUGGCGAAGAUAGCAGACAGCAAGGACCAUGUUUUUCCUGUGAAUGGCGGCUUUGAGGCAUUGCAAGGAGUCAUUGAUUCAAUCCUCAGGAAAUCCUGCAUUGAGAUCCUCGCGGCGGAACCUUCCAGUAUCUGCGCAGGAGAGACAUUUCAGGUGGUGGUCAGAGGGAAUGGAUUCCUCCAUGCCCGCAACGUGGAAAAAGUGCUCUGCACUUUCCGCAUCAAUGAUACCCUCACAAGGAUGGUGAAGCCUCUGAUUGUUGAGGAUACAUACAUGCUGUGUCCUGCACCAGUGUUGAGAGAGGAGGGAACGGCUGCCUCCUUAUAUGUCAGCAUGAACGAAGGCCUGAGUUUCAUCUCCAGUUCUGUCACCAUUACCACCGUGGGUUGUUCUGAUGGGACUAUUCUGGCCAUAGCUCUGCUCAUCCUGAUGCUGCUCCUGAUCCUGGCUAUGCUGUGGUGGUUCUGGCCUCUCUGCUGCACAGUGAUUAUCCGUGAGCCUCCACCACCAGUAGUCGAAGAUAGCUCGGACGAGGAGGAUGAGGAUGGAAUACCUAAGAAGAAGUGGCCGACAGUGGACGCCUCAUACUACGGUGGCCGAGGAGUGGGUGGAAUCAAACGGAUGGAGGUGCGCUGGGGAGAGAAGGGCUCCACAGAGGAGGGGGCCAAACUGGAGAAGGCCAAAAACGCCCGGGUCAAGAUGCCGGAGCAGGAGUUUGAGCUGCCGCCUACGCGCAUGCUGAACAACGGCAUGAGGAAGCCGCAUGGCCCACGCAAGUGGUACUCUCCCAUCAAGGGCAAGCUGGACGCUCUGUGGGUUCUCCUGAGGAAAGGCUAUGACCGUGUAUCAGUCAUGAGACCACAACCAGGAGACAAAGGUCGCUGUAUGAACUUCACUCGGGUCAAGUCCAACCCUCCGCCCCGCUACCCAGCCUACAGGAACCACCCCACGCCCAUCUACACCCCUCCGCCAGGAGGCAGUCCACCACCUCCGCUCCAGACCCUGCUGCCCCCUCCACCCCACAGUCCUCCAGCCUCGCCCUCCUCCACCCUCCCGCCUCUGCCCACCACCCCCCCUCCCUGCUCUACCCCCUCCCCUCCCACCACCCCACUUCCAUUCACUCCACCCCCCUACACCCCACCACCAACCAGGGCCCUGCCUCCCACCACGCUCUACUACCCCCUGCCCGUGGCUCCCCCCUCUCCUCCUGCGUCGCCUACCGGAUCCCUGCCUCCACUCCCACAAGCCCCUCCCCCCGGAAGAGCCCCGCCUCCCGACCGUCCACCGCCACGCCCCUCUCCGUAGGGCGGCUGUUGUGAUUGGUGUGUGCAGAGGCUCUGCUUCCUGGAGCUGAUCCGUGGAGCGUGAGGCGGGACAGGACAUUCAAAC